GGUCUUAUGUCUUCCACUCGUUUAAACCCAAACCUAAUUUCCACUCUGCAUAUAUUGAGAUCACUACAAUGGUGUCUCCUUCGUGGUAUGGCAACUGAAUCAUAAAGGAGACUUUCAAGGACUGAAAAAAAAAGAAAGUAAUAACAAGAAUUUGCGGAAUAAAAAAGGUCCAGUAGUUAAGGGCGUGUUUGGCGUAGUAAUCCAAGUACAAGUAUUAACAGAAGGAGAGGUGGGGAAAUGUACAGUUCGCAGUACUAGAAGAUUCAGGGAGACGCCACCAAGUCCGCAAACCUGGUAAGCCUGUAGCAGACACGUAUGGUGCCGCAGGACACGUGUACCGCCUUGACUUUCUCUUCCGCUUCUUCAGGACGAGUAAGGGCGGAAACAUGAGCAGUAACUUCGAGAAUCGUUCUUUGCUGGAUGAGCUACGUAGCUUCGACAAGGGCGGUUUCUUCGAUCUCGGUCAUCCUUUACUAAACCGCAUCGCUGAGAGCUUCGUCAAAGCUGCUGGCAUUGGAGCAAUCCAGGCUGUGUCGAGGGAGGCUUAUUUCACAGCUGUUGAAAGUGCCGGAGUUGAUUCAAGUAAUCUGCCUCCGGAGCUCUCUGGUGCCAAAAAGAAGCGUUUCCCUGACCUCAAAGGAGAGAGCAACAGAAAAUCUCUUGAAGCGAUGGUGAAGCAUACUGGAAAAGAAUCUCUACAAUGGGGACUGGCUGCAGGAAUUUAUUCAGGCCUCACUUAUGGGCUUAAAGAAGCUCGUGGAUCUCAUGAUUGGAAAAACAGUGCAGUUGCAGGAGCAAUUACAGGGGUGGCUGUGGCACUGACAUCAGAAGACUAUUCUCAUGAACAAGUCGUGCAAUGUGCCAUCACCGGAGCUGCCAUUUCGACUGCUGCAAAUCUUCUUUCUGGGAUCUUCUAAUCUGGAAUCUUAACUUUUAGUUCGUUAUCGAUUUUGCUUUGUUUAUAGUCCGAUAAAACGUUGCUUAGCAACCUUAAUUCGUAGUAUGAUCUUGCUAGGAGUUUUGAGUUUUUCUUUUUAACUGGAGUUUUAUGGUUAAGAAUGAGAGACAUGUAAAGGGUUUAGGUACCUUUCCAUGGUCUUUGAUGCUUUGGGCUUUCUCAAUCAAGGCACAAAUGGUGUAUUUGUUUUGCAUUAAAAGAUUCUGUAUUUGCAGUUGAAUCUCAAUGCAUUCCACUGGUUUUGGUAA